AUGGUGACCCCAUGGAAGAGGAACCAUCCUUGGUUGUACGUGCGGGGCCUGGGUUUCGACCCGCAGACUGACGGCAAACAGUUUAAACAGGGAGCUUUGUGUAUUAGGCAGACAUUUAAUAGGCCAAACCGCAGUGCAUACGAUAUCCUUGCCCACUUCAUGUUUACUAAGCUGGAUCCCUCCCGUGCAGAAGAAGCCUUCAGAGACUGUUACCUUCCAGGACAUGGCUUCGAGAAUAUUGAAUUUAGGAACAAGUGCUGUGAAUGGCUGAAAGAUAUUGCAGUAAAAGAAAGCCAUUUUCCAAAAAUUACACGUUCUUCACUUGUUGCUGCUAAUCAUCCUAGACUUACUGACCUAUUUUAUCAUUUUGCAAGACAUGUAAUGCUUAAGGACCUGGAGGCAAACUCUGUAGGCGUUGAUACACCUUUUGCUGAAGCUGUAAAGGCAAGGCCUGAGGAUGUACACAUGGCAAAAGCAAGACGUAGAGUUGCAUACAAUAAACUUCUUCAAUUUUUUCAACAGCAAGAAUUUAUUAGGCAAGAAUAUAAGCAAAAAGCACAGCUUUUGAUUGAAGAAAUAGAACAGAUAAAGUCUGAACAUGAAGCCCUGCAGAUACAGUCUUGCAACACGAAACAAAAUCACGCAAACAGAAGUAGCGAAACUGAAAGAAUUCAAAAGGUUCGCAGCAUGUGGACAUCUGUAAUGGAAACGCUCACGUCACUGAAAAAGGAAGAACUUGUGGCUUCAGUACUUGAAGAUCGUCUUGAUCAAUGUGUUUUAGAUGGAAAUGUUGUUUUUGGAAUUCCACAGUUGUUGUUUCACAGAGUUGAAGGGGAUGUACACCAAUGUUGUACAAGAAACGUAUAUGAAGGCAAAAAACUAAACUUCUUGGCAGUCAUUCUGUUAUUAAAUGAAGCCCUGAGAGCAUUGAGAGAUGAACAUUGUCAAUCUGAACUCAAGCAAUUUCAGGCCAUUGAGAGAAUAGUUACGUUCUACAAAAAAGGAAACGAAACUUUGAACGCAAGGAGGCUAGAAAUGGAACAUCAUUCUGUGUCAGCAAGUGCAUCUGUUACUAGAAAUCAGGAAGACUGGGAAGUGAAGUGGAAAAGCUUUCUUGGCUUGCAUCCUUUUGAUGUAAUCGCAGAUCAGGAUCUAGAACUUGGUUUGUUAAGAUCUUCGCCACCUUGUUCUUUUGAUCUUCCAGAAGAAAGAGAAGAACAUAGUAUAUUUUGUCAGCAUCUAGCAUCAGCUUCAGAUAUUUUUGACUCUGUUCAUGAAAUAUGUUAUGAGAAGGAUGAUGGGGCGUUGGAAACUGUGAUGGAUAAGCCAACACCAUCACUGAAACGGCUCUCUUCAAUGCCUUUGGAGUUGUCAGAAGUGUCUGAAAACAAUGAAGUAUUUAUUGAAAAGAACUUGCAUAUUGGAACUUGCAAGGGGGAGAAAAUGCCUGUGCCUCCAAAGACUGUACAAAAUGAAAAGGAUGAGAGUUCCACUUCAGAAGCACAGGAGGAUGGAGGUGAUCAUAUUAUCCAGACACAGUCUCCUGUCAAAAAAGAUGACUUUGUUGAGAAAGCCAGAGAUGAACUGGCAGAGGAGGUUGCAAAAACAGUGAUGUCUGACUUGCCUCAGAGUGAUGGAAAAGGAAUGUCAUUAGAUGAUCUCAUUAAUUCGCUGUCUUCUAUCCCAUUUUUAACAAGGAAACAGAUUCCUCGAACUCCAGAAAAUUUGCUUACUGAAACUAGAAGCUCAUGGAGAAAAGCUAUUCAAACUGAGGGCUCAUCAGAGAUGCAGCUGGCUCCAGCCCAGGUAAUGAUAGAAGAAGCUCCAAUGGAUGCUACUCCUAUAAUGAAGAAGGUAGCAGAUCCUAGAUUCACAUGCCUAAUACCUGCAUCUCCUGUACCUGACUUUGAUCCUCCCUUGUUGGAAAAGACGUCCCAAUUAAGUUCUGCAGAAUUUAGACCUCAAGAGCAGGUGAGGAUAAAUGAUACAGCUGAAUCUCCAGUUUUGGAAACAUCUGGAGAGCAAAAGAGUGAGAGAAAUGAAGCACAGGAAUUAACAUAUACUGUUUUGAAGGAAAGUUCUCUAGAAGAUGCAGAAAAGGAGACACUUCAAUAUGUAAAGAAGAGCACGUAUCCUCCAGCUGUUCUUUCAGAAAACAACACUAGAACAAAUGUCCUACUUUCAGAUCCCAUUCAGGGUUCCUUAGCGGAUGGGACACUGUGCCAAAAUGCAUCAUCGUUACGAAGUUCUUUCAGUCAUGAGGCUGGCUGCUUGGGGAUAUUGGAUGAGACACUUCUGGAAGAACUUGAUAGCAUAGAUCUCAAUGAAACUACAAGCUCACAAUGGGAUGUUGAUGAGGCAGACAGUGCAUGUGCAACAAGUGGUUCAGAAAAUAAGGGAGAUAAUAAAAAAUCAACUCUAAAUCUACAGUCCCUGUUCAACACACAAAAAGCACUAGAAAAACCUGCAGCUAACAGUGAAGAGGAGGUGCAUCAAACAAAUAAUGAAGGUGAAUCUGUAAAUUGUGGAUCAGACCGAAGUCUUGCACCAGAAGGAAUGCAAGAGGAUGAAUUUAGCAGUUGUCAGAAAGUCUUGUGUUUGCAUGAGGAGUUCACCAAGACACCAUCAUCAGGAUCUAUGGAAAACAGAAAAUAUUCCCUGUCAUCUCUGCAGGUAGCCUGUGAAGAUCUGGCAGAAAUGGCAUCAGUGGUACACAGACUCCCAACAGAGGUAGUACAUAAAUUGAAGGAUAAAGAGCAGUUGGAUGAGCAGCUGAGCAGAAAGGACCCAUCAUCAGAAUACAAUUUUAAAGCAGAAGCAUAGUAACACAUAGUUCAUCUGAGGAUGUGCUAUCUUUUCCAAGCACUGUAUAGAUGGAGAAGCAUGCAUCCUUUUCUGUUUUUUUUCUGGCGACUGUGUUCUGGCCUCCUUGUUUAAAAGUAUCAGUUGCCUGCUCUGGUGCUUCCAAAUUCAUGUUAUCCAUACUAGCAUUCUAUGUACAGCCCAUCUUUUUUAAGCAUAAUCCUAAAAAAUGGAAGAACACAAUCUCAAAUGAGAAAUAGUGAGAUCUCUGGUGUCUUCAUCUUGUCUCUUAAUUCCACCUCCAAAAAAACCCCCAACCCAACAAACAAAAAAACUAAAAAACCCAAACCAAACAAACCCCACCAGACAGAACCACCCAAACUUUACUUGGUGUUUUCCAUUGGCUGAAAUCUUCUUUCUUGCUGAGACUUCUGUUGAUAUUGACAUCAGUUUUACCUUUGAUAGAGGCUGCUCUCUUUUUCUGAAUUUCCA